GCCUACCUGAGACGCAAACAGGAGCACAGUGCUGAUGCCCACCCAGCUGUGCAGGGAGUACAUGUGUGGGAUGUUGAAUCCUCGAUGGAAGUCAAAGACAGCACUCAGACCAAGUGAAUGGUAUGCGAUACACAACUGCAGCUGUAAUACACACAAUAAUCAACAGUUGCUGAAACUAAUGACUAUAAUUUCUAUUUCUGUAAGAACAGUAUAUCUUUUUGUCUCACUCUAGGGCCCAUGUAAUGACAUUAUGCUAAAUGUUUAAAGUUGAAACUAUUUUCAUCCAUUAAUCUCAUACUUACCAUUUCCAUAGAGAAUGACUAGUCCAGACACCAUCAGCACAGGAUGCCAGUUAAAGUGUAGUAGUGAUCUAUCCCAGGCAAACCCACCUCUCCAGUGAAGAUUCCAGAUGACCACAAAAAGUGCACAGAGCAGGCUAAGACACAGACAGAAUCCAUAGAAAAAAUAGAAAAUAUGGGUCAUUUUCAUCCGAAUUCUUUGUUAGCAAUGAUUGGGAACCCGACACUAUCUUCUGUCUUCUUCUGUCUAAAGAUGUUGUUACACAAGGAGCCAUUCUUCUACAUUAAAGAAAUGUCAUUAGUCACAGUUUUGUGUCAUUAUGAAAUCCCAAAAGAUGCUUUCAUAACAAAAAGAACUCAGAUCUUUCAUGUAAAAUAUUGUAUUAAUUUAUAGUAAAGGCAUUUGCAAACUUUCUGCUAUGUUUUGAUAAAUUAUAGGUGACCCAAAUUAUCAUUAAACUUUUGUAAUAUGCAAAAUAGCUGUUUUAUAGUCAUCUUUUGUACAUUCUUGCUAAGAGACAGCAAACAAACUUAAAUGGACACUUUUUAUUGCCUUGAUGCUGAGUUUAAUACAAAUAUGGGUACUAAACAUUGUAAACCAAUACACACAUGGGAGAAGGCAGAGUCAUGUUUUGUAUGAGUUGUUUGUAGCAGAUUUCUUCAUCAUCAUCAUCUUCCACAAAGACCGACACAAAGUGGUUUCGGACCCAGGGCACUUCCAGUGUCUGAGAGGCCUGAACACGGGUGCACUUCAUCUCUUUCCUAAAGAUGAACUUCUUGCCCCCUGGAUACGCCACUGCCUCAGCACUGUCUGACGGAACGUUUGCUGUUGAUACAAAGGCAUCCAUCUCCAGAUGCUAAGGUCAAGGGAGGACUGUAAGAGAAGGCAGAUUACAAACAUGAUCUAUUACAGGCUGAUCCCAAAUCCCCAGAAAGACGUCAGAUUGGACCAGAGUCACUUCAGCUGUAGACUGUGGAGAAGACCCCACAACGGAUAUGGUUUUCAUACACUUUGGUUGCAGGUUUUUAUGGGUUGUACAUAUGGAGUACAGGAAAUGCCAAAGACUUACAUAAUACAUAAAGGGAGAAGAGACAUCUGGAAGCCUGAUCCAUUACAGAUUAUUUGUAGUAUAAAAGGGCAUGGAAGUGUAAUUGCUGAUGCAAACCUAGACUUCAACCCUCAUCUCGGUGAUGGAUUAUGGUCAGUCAUGUUUAAUACCAAAGGAAAAUUUAGAGUGGAUUGUAAGCAACAAAAGUCUGUUGUAUUAAAAAGAAACAUGGUAUUACCAAUUAAAAAACUAUUUGGAGUGAAAGAAAAGAAAGAAGCAACAAACAUAUUACAAUUCAAGAAAGUAAACACCAGUAAACAUUUUCAUGAACAAGAAGUUUCAAUGAUUCAAAGAAAAGAUUCAUUUCAGAAAAAGAAAAUACAUUCAGUUGCUAUGAUUAAAAAUCAAAUUAAACAAUUUGUACCCAUGACACUAUUGAAGACCAAAACAAAGGUCAAUGAAAAUUUGCUAAACAAAUAUAAAAUGCCAAUCAUGCAUAUUCAAGCAAAAAGGCAAACAGAUCCUCAUCAGAAAAUACAAACUACAAAGACUAUGUAUGUAAUUGAAAAACCAGCCUCACACAAGGAGAGCAUCAAAGCAAAAAGUUUGCUAAGUGUGACCAAACAGAAGGGAAGUGUAUUUUAUUCAAUGAGAGAUGUCAGUAAAGCAUUGAAAAUAAGACAUCUACCCAAACAUAAUAUUGUGUCGGACAAUAUAUAUAAUUUCAAAAAACUGUCAGACAAAACUCCAACUCUGGUCACAACUGCAACUGCAUUACAAAAAAUAAAGAGUGCUGCAACAAAUCUGAAGAUGCAGACUGCAGUAAUUACAGAAGACUAUAAUGGUGAAUGGGACACACAACCUGAGCACCAAAGCACCAAAACAGAACUGGAGAUUGACCCUGAGCUGAGAUUUAUAACAAAGGAACAAACAAUAACGCCUCAAUCUACAUCUCAAACGCUUGGACUGAGAAUGAGAGAAGAAUCAUCAGAUGAAAAAACUGUAGAAGAGGAGGGAAAAGGCGAGGUUGAACUAAAAAAUGCUGGAGACAACCCACUUUGUAAAGGACUAAUACAUCAGACAGAAGCUGGACUGGUGCACUGCAAAGACAGACUGGAAAAAUCUAACAGGAAAUCUAUACACAGAGGUCUUGGUGGUAGAGAAUCACAGAGUUUCCACACUGAUGAGAGUGAUGGUGCAGAGUACGAUCACUUCUACUAUUUUGACGGAGUCCUGAAGAGAGUGAAAAAUAACCCCAUAAAUCAGCAGUUCUGAGUUGUCUUCAAUUUUAUGUCCCCCAUAAUUGUGAUAGUCUGUGGGUUGUAUUUUGACAGUUUAAGUCAGAAAAAGCUCGAACAAGAGAAGCAACUAGAACUAGAAAAAACAAACACAGACUCAUUUG